AUGGCUUCAUUGAGAAGAGUCAAAGUGCUGUUGGUGUUGAACUUGAUCGCGGUGGCCGGCUUCGUGCUCUUCCUGGCCAAGUGCCGGCCCAUCUCGGUGCGCAGCGGAGACGCCUUCCACGAGAUUCGGCCGCGCGCCGAGGCGGCCAACCUCAGCGCGCAUAGCGCCAGCCCCAUACAGGAUGCGGUCCUGAAGCGCCUCUCGCUGCUCGAGGACAUUGUCUACCGGCAACUAAAUGGUUUAUCUAAAUCCCUUGGGCUCAUUGAAGGUUAUGGUGGGCGAGGCAAAGGGGGCCUUCCUGCUACCCUUUCCCCAGCUGAAGAAGAGAAAGCCAAGGGACCCCAUGAGAAGUAUGGCUACAAUUCCUACCUCAGUGAAAAAAUUUCACUGGAUCGUUCCAUUCCGGAUUAUCGUCCCACAAAGUGUAAGGGGCUGAAGUACUCCAAGGAGCUGCCCCAGAUAUCCAUCAUAUUUAUCUUCGUGAACGAGGCCCUGUCGGUGAUCCUGCGGUCCGUUCACAGCGCGGUCAACCACACACCGACCCACCUGCUGAAGGAAAUCAUCCUGGUGGAUGACGACAGUGAUGAAGAGGAGCUGAAGGCCCCUUUGGAGGAGUAUGUCCACAAACGCUACCCUGGGCUGGUGAAGGUGGUGAGAAAUCAGAAAAGAGAGGGCCUGAUCCGAGCUCGCAUCGAGGGUUGGAAGGUGGCCACUGGCCAGGUCACCGGCUUCUUUGAUGCCCACGUGGAAUUCACCGCUGGCUGGGCCGAGCCAGUUCUCUCGCGGAUACAGGAGGACCGGAAGCGGGUGAUCCUCCCCUCCAUCGACAACAUCAAACAGGACACCUUCGAGGUGCAGCGGUAUGAGAACUCGGCCCACGGGUACAGCUGGGAGCUGUGGUGCAUGUACAUCAGCCCCCCGAAAGACUGGUGGGACGCCGGAGACCCUUCCCUUCCCAUCAGAACACCAGCCAUGAUUGGCUGCUCGUUUGUGGUCAACAGGAAGUUCUUUGGUGAAAUUGGUCUUCUGGACCCUGGGAUGGAUGUGUAUGGAGGAGAAAAUAUCGAACUUGGAAUCAAGGUGUGGCUGUGCGGGGGCAGCAUGGAGGUCCUGCCUUGCUCACGGGUGGCCCACAUCGAGCGGAAGAAGAAACCAUACAACAGCAACAUCGGCUUCUACACCAAGAGGAAUGCUCUCCGGGUUGCCGAGGUCUGGAUGGACGAUUACAAGUCUCAUGUGUACAUAGCGUGGAAUCUGCCACUGGAGAAUCCAGGAAUUGACAUAGGCGAUGUCUCAGAAAGAAAAGCCUUAAGGAAAAGUUUAAAGUGUAAGAAUUUCCAGUGGUACCUGGACCACGUCUACCCAGAAAUGAGAAGAUACAAUAACACCAUUGCCUACGGGGAGCUUCGCAACAGCAAGGCAAAAGACGUCUGCUUGGACCAGGGGCCGCUGGAGAACCACACAGCGAUACUGUACCCGUGCCAUGGCUGGGGACCCCAGCUGGCCCGCUACACCAAGGAGGGCUUCCUGCACCUGGGGGCCCUGGGGACCACCACGCUCCUCCCGGACACCCGCUGCCUGGUGGACAACUCCAAGAGUCGUCUGCCCCAGCUCCUGGACUGCGACAAGGUCAAGAGCAGCCUGUACAAGCGCUGGAACUUCAUCCAGAAUGGCGCCGUCAUGAACAAGGGCACAGGGCGCUGCCUGGAGGUGGAGAACCGAGGCCUGGCUGGCAUCGACCUCAUCCUCCGCAGCUGCACGGGACAGAGGUGGACGAUUAAGAACUUCAUCAAGUAGUGGGAGGAGCUGGGGGCCUCGGAGCCUGGCCCCCGGGACAGGGUCUGCGUCCUCUGGACCAGCC